UCAGCUCAAUAAUGAGAAAGAGGUGCGAAGAGAGAGGCAAGCGUCUACGGAUUGAGCUAACCGACUCUCUUCUUCUCUGCUCUCUCUGUACAAAAAGGAAAGAAAGAAAAAAAAAAAAAAAAUUAGGUGUGACAGAUCGAAUACAGAGAUCAGAUUAUCAAUAUAUCUCUCAAUCGAUCGAGUUAGGGUUUGUAUGCUUGUGAUUUCUCGAAGCUUCAUUCAGCAAUGGAGUCACUCUGCUUUCACGAUGGUAACAUCACCGACUUGAUCGACAAACGAACUCUCGAUGUUCGCCACGACAUUGGUCGCAGUUUGCAAAUGCACUCUUCGUUGAUACAAAGGCUUUCGAUGGAAAGACAAUUGGAGGGGCAUUCUGGUUGUGUGAAUGCUGUGGCUUGGAACUCAAAAGGCUCACUCCUGAUAUCUGGAUCUGAUGAUACACGAGUCAACAUUUAUAGCUAUUCAAGCCGGAAGCUUUUGCAUUCUAUUGAGACUGGGCAUUCAGCCAAUAUAUUCUGUACAAAAUUUGUCCCUGAAACUUCUGAUGAAUUAGUGGUCUCUGGUGCUGGAGAUGCUGAAGUUCGGCUUUUUAAUCUGUCUCGUUUAAGGGGUAGGGGACCUGAUGAAUAUGAUAUUAGUCCAUCAGCAGUGUUUCAAUGCCACAGUAGGAGAGUGAAAAAAUUAGCUGUGGAAGUUGGAAAUCCAAAUGUUGUAUGGAGUGCAAGUGAAGAUGGGACUCUGAGGCAGCAUGAUUUUCGAGAGGCUUCAUCUUGUCCACCAGCUAGAUCAUCUCAUCAAGAAUGUCGUAACGUUUUACUUGACUUGCGAUGUGGGGCAAAGAAGUCAUUAGCUGAUCCUCCUAAGCAGCUACUAGCUCUGAAAUCUUGUGAUAUAAGUUCCACUAGGCCUCAUUUGCUCCUUGUUGGUGGGAGUGAUGCCUUUGCUCGUUUAUAUGAUAGAAGGAUGCUACCACCACUCUCAUCUUGUCGGAAGAAGUUAUCACCACCUCCUUGUGUCAACUAUUUCUGCCCAAUGCAUCUUUCUGAUCAAGGUCAUUCUAGCUUGCACCUGACUCAUGUUACAUUUAGUCCAAAUGGAGAAGAGGUUCUCCUUAGUUAUAGUGGAGAACAUGUUUACUUAAUGGAUUUAAAUCAUGCUGGUGGUACUUCGAUGCAAUAUACGUCAGCAGACGCUUCAAAGAUUAUGACCUUUAGUCCAACACUCAAUGGAGUAGAAUUGCAGUCUUCAAUUUUGGGUGCCCUGCAAAAUGGUUUUCAUUUAAAAAGAAAUGUCUCUGCCAUGUUUCUACAGCACGAGAAGUGCAGAAAAUUGGUUCAAAUUGCAGAAAAAUCCUUAAUGGAUAAUACAAAUUAUUUUCAUGGAAUUGAGGCUUGCAAUGAGGUUUUGGAUGCUCAUGGUCAUGAGAUUGAACCUGUGCUAAUGCAUGAGUGUCUAUGCAUCCGCGCAGCCUUGUUCCUCAAGCGGAAGUGGAAGAAUGAUGCUUAUAUGGCUCUAAGGGAUUGCCACAAAGCUAGGAGGAUUAAUUCUUCUUCUUUUAGGGCAUUUCACAUACAGUCUGAAGCUUUGUUGCAGCUGGGAAAAUAUAAAGAAGCUCUAGAAUUUGCUAUUUCGGCUCAAUCAAUGGCACCAUUGGAUUCUGAAGUUGCAGCAACUUUGGAGAACAUACAAAAGCAUCUUGCUGCAGCUGAAGCUGAAAAGAAUAACAAGGCAAAUGAUGGAGCGCCUAAGUCUGACCCUCGAUCUGGAAAAGUAUUAUCAUUGAGUGACAUACUUUACCGGUCAGAGGCUAAUAGUGAUGCUUCACAAGAUGGUCCGAGGUCUGAAAGAGAAGACUCUGAUUAUGAUGAGGAAUUGGAGUUGGAUUUUGAAACAUCAAUAUCUGGUGAUGAAGGGCGUGAUGUUGAACCCAAUGUUCUUCAUGGGAGUUUGAAUUUAAGAAUUCAUAGAAGAGGCGAUACAGCUAUGGAGACUGGUCGUGCAAAUGGUUCCUGUGGGUCACCAAUGUCAUCAUCUCAAAAUGAUAGAACAACUUAUCAGUCUGAGGGGGUGAUAGAUAUGAAGCAGAGAUAUGUUGGCCACUGUAAUGUGGGGACAGACAUAAAGCAAGCCAGUUUUCUUGGCCAAAGAGGUGAAUACGUUGCUAGUGGGAGUGAUGAUGGCAGAUGGUUUAUAUGGGAAAAGAGAACUGGUAGGCUAAUAAAGGUGCUUGUUGGUGAUGAUGCUGUUGUCAACUGUGUGCAAUGCCAUCCGUUUGAUUGUGUUGUGGCUACCAGUGGAAUUGAUAACACCAUAAAGAUUUGGACUCCAACUGCUUCGGAACCUUCCAUUGUGGCUGCUGGAGCUGCAGGACCAGAGAAUAAUAAUGUGUUGGAAGCUAUGGAGAGCAAUCAGCGUAGACUAUGCCAUAAUCGUGAAAUGAUCCUGCCCUUUGAACUUUUGGAGCGGUUCCGGAUGCAUGAAUUUUCUGAAGGAACCCUGCAUCCAUUUGAAUGCGCACAAAGUUAAUCGCAUCCUUAUCAAUUGCAUAGUUGCUCAUUCCAAACUUCAGUGGUUGUGUUGUAAAAAGUUGGGAGAUGAUCCAGGCAACCCGUUAAAGUUGGUGGUGGGUGUUGAUUGACCAUGUAAAGCUGCUUUGGGUCUGAGAAAUAAAUUGGAAGGUUUUUGUUUCUUCUUUUUCUUUUUCUAUAUUGUUCUUUUUAUUGUUUCUUUGUUUAAAUAAAUUGAAGUUGAAUGAAGUAUAGUAUGAUAAACCAUUGUAUCCUUUUCUCUUCUUUUUUUCUUUUAUUUUAUAGUAUUUAUUUAGUCAUUAUUAUUA